AAGGACCUGACACAAACACGUAGACGGCGGGCCCUUCAUUUUAAGGUACCGUUGUGGACUUGAUCCUUCUUAACCUAGUUUUUCCUCCGUGCUCUUGGUAGGGACCUGUGCGGUCGAUGCUGACGCGGGCUCUGGAUGCUCCAGCCUCGAGUACAUUAAGGGCGCUCCUGCGACCAUGACGGCCAUCAUCCAGAAACUGCGGCGCAAGCAGAAACUAUCCUCCGAGUUGCACUCGCGAUGGGGGGAUGUUGCGAUCACCUAUCCCAAUGGUGGGUCCUGGAAUCAAUGGGAUCAUUCAUCUUCCGGGGGUCAUUCAGCCUCUACCGACCCUGAGCGACGGCAUGGCUCAAUGGAACUCAAUCGAUCCGCCACCUCCCCUCGGAUGGGGAGUCAUGUACGAUCUGGUGCGCGGACGCCCUCUGUGGAUUCGGCCAUGACUAUUCCUACGGGCCACUACGACGCGCGAGUUGGUUGUCGGGUCCGACGGAAAGAUCAACCCAAUAGCCCCCGGAUAGGACUGGCCAUGGGUUCUCCCAUAGAAUGCGACCAGUCUUACUCGGACGAGUCCUCUGAAGGCGAGGAAGAUGCUGCGGCUGUUCCAGCUCCCCUCAAUGUUUCUCGAGAUCGAAAUCCAGCCGAUACAGAGGAGCCUGAGGCCUAUUCGCGUGCUUCCAAAUCACCUCCAUUGUCAGUCACAUCUCGCAUGCGUCGGUUCAGUGUUCAGAGCAACCUGGCGGAGCCAACGAUACCUGGACCAGGGACGGCCAGUUCGAAGCAUACCAGUUACACCUCAUCUGCGCCCUCUAAUCCGUCGGAAGACCCACGACCUCAUGGGCAUCGUCUGUCUACGCAACUUGAGAAAAAGCCGACGCGGCGUCCCAAACCGGAGCCGCUGAGUUUGCCGACUCAGCCGGAAAUGGUCCCGUCGUAUGAUGAAUUGUACGGGUGAUUACCAGGGCGAGGGCUAGAUGCAUGGGAGGCUUUUUGUUUAGUUUGAUCACUUGCACGCAUGUUUCACUGUUUUGAGGGGCUGAG